GCAACCUGACACUAAUAAACAUUGACAUAGUCAGGCCAUUUUGUUUCCUUGUCAAGCUUCUGAUCAUAAAACUCGUAUCGAUUCAAAGAUACAUCAUCCAGAAAAUUGAAAAAUUGUCUUCUUUUCACUGUAAUUAUUAGUCGCAUCAAGUAUAUUAUGCUUCGGUAUUUAUUUUCAGUGGAAAUAUUCUGGAACAUUCGAGCCCAAGCUCACUUGGAAUUGGUCAUGGAAACAGUUGCUAUUCGACUUAUUUGAUGAAUCACGGGUAGUAAUAAUGUUACUGAAUCAUCACACUUGAAACAAACAGUUGCUAUUUAUAAUUACACACACAAACGCCUAAGGAAAUCGAAUAUAAAAAGCCGUACGCCCGUAGGAACUUCAUUCGUGGUCAAGCAGUCAGUUGGGAAUACUGUCUAAUACUGGUGGUCAUCAUGUGGCGCGCUAUUUCGAUUGUUCCCUAUGUGGGAGUACUAUCAAUUUUCCUGUUAACAAUAAGAUUGGGGCCUGCAGAUGCACUAGUUGGAUAUGAUUGUGACAUCCCAAUAACGAAUACCAAAAAAAUAUCUCUCGUCGAUACUGAAGACUGCAAUCUUAAUAUUGAUCAUGUACAAUCGUCUAUCGAAGAUGUAGUACUGUUACAAAGGAAUACUUACGAGCAUCUUGAAGUACUCGAAUGCAAGGUUGAGAUCUCUCGAACGGUCGUUAUGUGUGGAAUGUUCUCACAUACCCCGAUGGUCAGAUUCGAUGAAUAUAUACACCACAUGUCACGAGAGGAGUGCAAGAGCGCGCAUAACGAUGGGAUAAUAACUGUCGGGAACACUUUCUUUGAUGAUCUACAAGUGAAUACGAGUACUUCACGUACUUUCCAACUGGCGGGUACCAUUGAUGCUAAUGGCUCUUGUACCGGCGAAGAUUAUUCAGACGCCUUUGGAACUUGGAAUAAUGCCGUUGUGUCAGGAAAGGUAAAAAUUACCUUGCAAUCGAAUUUAGCGAGGGUUGAUGCAAUGAAUAAUAUAAUAAUUUUACCAUCUGGAGACCAUUGCAAACUAAGCAAAAACCAAUGUAUGGAUUCUCUCGGAGGGUAUGUAUUUUGGGACGUUAUCCCGAGAAGCAACUGUUCUGGCACAGUGUACUCCAAAUUAUUCCAGGGACCAGCCGUUAAGUCAGAAUCUGAACAAGGAACAGUGUACUCAGUAAAUGACAAUGAGCGCUUUUCUUCCUUAAUAGUACUUGGAUCUGAAUCUUCAUGUGGAGUAGAACUCUACACAACACAAUAUCCCGAGUUGUUUAUUGUGAAAUUUGAGGAUUCGGUGCACCUAGAAAGUAAUAAUCUUGUAGAAUCCCGUGUUGAUUUUAAAAAUCAGGAAUAUGAAAAUCUCCCUCUCGAAAAACUCAAACACUCGCAGGUAAAAUCCAUCUAUCGAGACGUAAUAAAACAUCAUUGUGAGCUCAAGGUGAAGUCAAGGGAAAAUGCGCUUACCCUCGCUCUUAAAAACCCUGAUGAGUUCGCAAUGCACCACAUGGGAGGCUCAGGAUAUAAGGCCUAUUUGGCAGGAGAGGUUAUCAUCAUCAUGCAGUGUAUCCCAGUCGUGAUGAAAGUCCGCCAAGUGGACAAGUGCUACAAUCAAAUGCCAAUCUUUAAGGGGAAUGACACGGUGUUUCUGAAGCCACGGACCCGUUUGAUCUCUAACGAUGCCAGCGAAAUUCCGUGCGACUCACCACUGCUGGGGCAGUAUAAAAUUGAUGGGCAGUGGUAUCAAUUUAUGCCAAACCAAGUGGCAGUUUCAGUCCCUCAUCAACUGUCCGUUCAAUUAAGGUACUUCGGGAUUUAAGAUAAAAUGUGACAUGUUUUUUGUGGAAUAGAAAAUGAUCACCAUAUAUAUUAUUUUUUAAGGCUUAAAAGAAUCUGCUUUUUAUAAAUGUAAUCUUUUGUAUACUAUUUUGUAACUUCAGACAAUAAAGGUACUUUAUUCUUUAAGUUUUUUUUUUUUUUUAUGGAUUCAACAAACCCUAUUCAUUCCAAUAAAAUCUCAUAUGAGUUCAUUAUGGUCCAUUAUGAGCAACAGUGCGUAGCUCAGAUUUGAUAACACUUGAUAAUAAGAAUAACUUUUCACACGAAAGAAUAACUCAGACAAAUGAAUUUCCACAGAGAUAAACUGUUCUGAACUAUCAUCUGUGAUAGUCUCGAUAUGCAGCUCAAGAUUUGAUACCUUCAAACGUUUAGACUUGAAACAGCUCAUGGUAUCAGAAUAUUCUGAUGCCAAUCAGACCUUUCUAGAUGUUCAUUUUCCAGCGCUGCUGUAUGACUCUUGGUUGUGUUGAUUGAUAUAAUUGCGCAGUUACCAAUAAAUACCUACUAUGCUUACGCAAGAAGUUGUUUAUUUGCGAUAAGAGCAAUACCCUCUGACACGUGGCACCGAUGAUAACUGGAAUAGGCAGGAUAUGUGGUUUUCCGCCCAGUAUAAUCUGAACUCUGCUUUGUUUGCUGUAAAACGGAAUUCAAGGAAUUUUCCGCUGUUAACCGAUGAGCACAUCUGCUUGUAUGCAUUAUACAUUAUGAAGUACUGAACGUUCCUGUUGAUUUUUCUGCUAUGUAUUUUCCUCAUUGGUCUUUUAAAGUUUGAACAUAGUAACGAUUUAAUCAUUUACAAGUGAAGAACAUUGUGAAAUACGACCAAGUAGUUGUUUGAAGUAUUCAAGCGAAUUAGAACAAAAACUUGCUUCUUCAUGAGUCGAAGAUUCAUCAGCCAUCAAUUGAAUUGGCACAAUUGGCCCUAAUAGCUUGUCCAAAUGCUAAUACAACGCGAAUGAUUUUUAAGCGAGGUACAAGCUGUAGAAUAUAUAACAGUCACGUGGCCGAUAACCCUUUUGGCUCGCAUGGUAACAUCUGCUACACAUGUGUUUAUUCAUGCAUGACGCACGGAGCAGAGUAUUUUCAGUUGAAAAUAAUGAUGCUCAGACAAACAUCGCUGGUUCGAAAACCAGAUGAAGCUUCUAAAUGAGUGACUAAUUUUAGCGAAGUACCAACGGCAAGCUGCCAAUUUUCCUGUUUUUUUGCUCAUUAGUUCAAAUUAAUAGCAACGUUUUAUUUAAUAGCUGUAACAACAACACGAAUGGAAUCGUUAAUAUAAUCGCAGUGGUAUCGAGUUCAAUGACUGGCGGUCGA